AUGAAGCUAUUCUUCCUAAAUUUCAUGCUGUUUUCUUGCUGUUGCCAAACUGGGGCAGUGACCAGGGAAUACUACAUUGGGAUUAUAGAGACAACAUGGGACUAUGCACCCGGCAAUACAAAUAUCAUCUCUGGACAGCUUUUUGCAGAAGAAGAGCAGGCUGAAGUCUUUCUCAAAAAAGGACCGCAUAGGAUAGGAAGCAUUUAUAAGAAGGCUGUCUACACUCAGUACACAAACAAUUUAUAUGAUGUAAUAGUUGAGAAACCUUCCUGGCUGGGUUUGUUAGGCCCUGUCAUUAAGGGAGAAGUUGGAGACUCUAUUAUCAUUCACUUGAAAAACUUUGCUUCCAGAAGCUACACACUGCAUCCACAUGGUGUAAGGUACACAAAGGAAAAUGAAGGUGCUUUUUAUCCUGACAACACCAAAGAUUUUGAAAAAAGAGAUGAUGCUGUGAAGCCUGGAAGCCAGUACACUUACAUAUGGGAUGUAACCGAAGAUCAAGGUCCAGCUGAGGGAGAUACAGACUGCAUAACCAGGGUUUACCACUCUCACAUAGAUGCUCCAAGAGAUGUUGCCUCGGGACUUGUUGGGCCUUUAAUAAUUUGUAGGAAAGGUACAAUGAAUGAGGGCAGCGAUAAACACAUUGAUGCUGAGUUUAUCCUUAUGUUCUCUGUGAUGGAUGAAAAUCUCAGUUGGUAUCUAGAGGAUAACAUCAAGACAUACUGUUCUGAGCCUUCCAAAGUUCACAAAGAUGAUGAGGACUUCCAGGAAAGCAAUAAAAUGCACUCCAUCAAUGGGUAUGUGUAUGGAUACCUCCCAGAUCUUACAAUGUGUGUGGAAGAUAAGGUAAAAUGGCAUCUUUUUGGCAUGGGUAAUGAAGCCGAUAUACAUUCAGCCUACUUUCAUGGGCAGACCUUAAUAGACAGGCAUCAUCGAGCUGACACCAUCAACCUCUUCCCAGCCACGUUUAUUGAUGCUGUCAUGAUACCAAGGAGUCCUGGGGAAUGGCUGCUGAGUUGCCAAGUGAAUGACCAUAUCGAAGGUGGUAUGCAGGCCCUUUUUACAGUAAAAGAUUGUAGGAAAUCCACAACAGAUCAGAAUGAGAGUGCAAAGAUAAGACAGUACUUCAUUGCUGCUGAAGAGAUUAUCUGGAAUUAUGGCCCAUCUGCAAUGAAUCAUUUUACAGGACAAGAAUUGAUUACUGACAGUGAAUCUCAGAUUUUUUUUGAACAAAGUGAGACAAGAAUUGGUGGCUCUUACAAAAAAGCCAUUUACAAGGAAUACACAGAUGGUACUUUCACAGAACAGAAAAAAAGGAUCCCAGAGGAAGUACACCUUGGACUCUUAGGACCCGUUAUCAAGGCAGAAGUGGGUGAAAGCAUCAGGGUGACUUUCCGAAAUAAUGCCAGCCGCCCAUUUAGCAUCCAGCCCCAUGGUGUGAGUUACCGCAAGAACAACGAGGGGGCAUUGUACCAUGCUGCCUCCAGAGAUAGUGAAUCUCCAGCCUCCCAUGUUAGUCCUGGUACUACAUAUACAUAUGAGUGGAACAUACCAGAAGAUGUGGGUCCCACAGACCAAGAUCCUGACUGUUUAACCUGGCUCUAUUACUCAGCUGUGGAUGCAGUCAGAGACACCAAUUCUGGCCUUGUGGGUCCGCUUUUGGUGUGCAGGAAAGGAGCUCUACUUCCUUCUGGGAAACAGAAAAAUGUGAACAGGGAGUUUUUUCUACUUGCCACAGUAUUUGAUGAGAAUCUAAGCUGGUACUUGGAUGACAAUAUUUUGAUGUUUACGUUAAAUCCUAGUAAAAUUGACAAAGAUGAUGAGCACUUCCAGGAGUCUAACAAAAUGCACUCUAUUAAUGGCUAUAUGUAUGGUAAUCAGCCUGGUCUUGAGAUGUGCAAAGGAAAUGUGGUUUCCUGGCAUUUGAUGGGCUUGGGGUCAGAAGUCGAUGUUCAUGGGAUAUACUUUUCAGAAAACACAUUCCUAACAAAAGGAACAAGAAGGGAUACAGCAAAUCUGUUUCCACAUACGUUUCUCACAGCUAUUAUGAAGCCUGAUUCCAAAGGAGUUUUUGAAGUGUCAUGCCUGACAACAGAUCACUACACAGGGGGCAUGAAACAGAAAUAUGAAGUGAAACAAUGCCACUGGUGGAAUGUGGAUCCAUCCCUAUAUUUGCAUGAAAAGACUUACUAUAUUGCUGCAGUGGAAGUUGAAUGGGACUAUUCUCCUAACAGGACAUGGGAAUUUGAGCGGCACCAGUAUCAUGAGGAAAGCCCUGGCAAUACAUUUUUAAAUAAAGAAGACAAGUUCAUUGGCUCAAAGUACAAAAAGGUAGUAUAUCGCGAGUACACUGAUCAGACAUUCAGUACUCCCAAAAACAGAGCAGAGGAAGAGCAGCACCUGGAAAUUCAAGGGCCACUGCUUAUGUCCAAUAUUGGAGAUAGAAUUACAAUAGUUUUUAAGAACCUGGCAUCAAGACCUUAUUCUAUACAUGCCCAUGGAGUGAAAACAGACAGUUCUGUUGUUGCUGUAACCAACCCAGGUGAAACAAAAAUGUAUGUCUGGAAAAUACCAGCGAGAUCUGGUUCUGAGAGAGGUGAUCCACAAUGUAUUGCAUGGGCAUACCAUUCAACGGUGGACAUCAUUAAGGACACUUACAGUGGAUUAAUAGGCACACUUGUUGUGUGUCAUAGACAUUAUUUGCCAUCAUUCCAUACUAAGAAGAAAGUUCAGUUUGCUCUUCUGUUUAUGAUUUUUGAUGAAAAUGAGUCAUGGUACCUGGAUGAAAACAUUAAAACCUAUUCUACCAACCCGCACCGUGUUGACAAAGAGGAUGAGGAAUUUCUUGAAAGCAACAAAAUGCAUGCCAUUAAUGGAAAAGUGUUUGGAAAUUUACAUGGUCUUACUAUGCACGUUGGAGAUAAAGUAAGCUGGUAUUUGAUGGGAAUGGGCAAUGAAAUAGAUAUUCACACAGCACACUUCCAUGGACACAGCUUUGACUAUAAGCAAACAGGAGUUUACCGGGCAGAUGUCUUUGAUUUGUUCCCGGGGACAUUUCAAACCGUGGAAAUGAUCCCACAGAACCCUGGAAUAUGGCUAUUGCACUGCCAUGUUACUGAUCACAUCUAUGCAGGCAUGGAAGCAACCUACACAGUGCUUCCAAAAGACAAACAGUCUUUGUUGCCAAAAUUAUUCAAUCAGUUCAAGUGUAAAGGAACGACAGACAUGCAAGACUGAAGAAAACCUUUGACCACAAUGAUUCUCCGAGGUCUGCCUUCAGUGAAGAACUGCUUGGGAAGUCUGGACAAUUCAUCUCAUCUAUUGGUGUUUUAGAAAACUUCAGUUGGUGGCCCACAGUUACCAGAAGGACCACAGACCAAGAUAGAUGAAAGGAUACAAUAGCUUAUAUUUUUCCUUAAAUAAAAAUAAUAUCUUGCAAGCUAACCAUGUUCUAGGUGAUGCCUAAUGCAUGUUAUUUAAGUGCUGAGAAACAUGAAGAGCCAAAUGAAAGGUACUUUCCAAGUUAUGUUUUAUUAUUUUUUAAUUAGUAAAUAACCGUGUAACAGCAAAAUUCAUUUUAGGUAUUUUUCCUAGCUUUGAUGUCACAUUUUACUAGUCAGACAUCUCAGUAGCUAUUCCAUGGAAACUUGGAAUUCAAUUAUCCAAUUAUUCACUUUAUCCAUAGGUUCUUGAAUUAUUUUAUAAUUUUAUUUCAAGAUAGUGAAUUUAAAAGAUGCAACGUCUGACUUAUCACAGUUGCACCAGUUCAUAACUGUUUGUGGUUUUAUGUUAUGAAAAUAAUUACAAAAGAGACAAAGUUAUGCUGACAUAAGCCUGAUAAAAUUAAGACAGUGAAGGGUAAAAUAUGGUGACUAGUAUACGUAAGAGCUUUGCCCCAAAUCCUGAAUAGCUACAUUUUGCUUCUAUUGUUGUAGUGCAUAGCUAGACAAAUUAAGCACUUCUUGACAGCUAGAAGCAACAGUACUACUGCUUGACUGAUUCUUGGUCAAAAAUGUAAGCAGCUAGAGCAGGUAUCUUUGUACCAUCCAGUUGUGUUUUAAUAACCUGACUGCCCAAGUUAGAGCAUAGCUCUCCCUUUGGCUCAUCUGAUCUCUCACUUGUAAUAUAUAACAGGGAAGAAUGUAUUAUACAGACAGGCAAAGCAAAAUAGCUGGCUUUACAGCUUACCAGUGUAAAGGACAUUUCUUCUCUGUACCAAGUCUAAAUUGCUUUGGCUUUUUUUUGAAAAAGAGGAAGAUUCUGUUGAAAUCAGACGACUCCGUACUAGUAAAUUAGAUCAUUGAUUUUGGCUGUAUCAGACCUGCCACAUAAAGAAAUUAAAACUACUCUGUUUUGUUU